GCAGCUGAAGAAGAACGCUUGCAACGCCAUGCGAUGACGUUUCAUGAGUAACGUCAGAGGAAGUUAUUCCAGUAAAUUCGCGUUAACUAACAAGUUAAAUUCUUACAGGCUUUAUCAGUUCGAGCCUUAAAAACAGACAUAUUUUUUAUCGAAGUUUUGACAUUAUCCCACCAGCAUGAUGAUGAUGGACGAGGACCAGCCCAAGACAUUGUAUGUCGGGAACCUCUCCAGGGACGUUACGGAGGCCCUCAUCCUGCAAGUGUUCUCCCAGAUCGGUCCCUGCAAAAGCUGUAAAAUGAUCAUUGAUACGGCUGGCAAUGACCCAUACUGCUUUGUGGAGUUCUAUGAGAACAGACACGCUGCUGCAGCUCUGGCUGCUAUGAAUGGCAGGAAGAUUUUAGGAAAGGACAUGAAAGUUAACUGGGCUUCGACACCAAGCAGUCAGAAGAAAGACACAAGCAAUCACUUUCACGUCUUUGUUGGCGAUUUGAGUCCAGAAAUCUCAACGGAUGAUGUCAGAGCGGCCUUUGCUCCAUUUGGAAAGAUAUCUGACGCUCGUGUGGUGAAGGAUCUGGCCACAGGAAAAUCUAAAGGAUACGGCUUUAUCUCCUUCAUUAAUAAAUGGGAUGCUGAGGGUGCCAUUCAGCAAAUGAACGGCCAAUGGCUGGGAGGCAGACAGAUCAGAACAAACUGGGCCACAAGAAAGCCAUCCGCUCCCAAACCAACCAAUGAAGGCAACAGCAAACACCUGUCCUAUGAGGAGGUUCUGAACCAGUCGAGUCCUAGUAACUGCACUGUGUAUUGUGGUGGGAUUGCUUCUGGUCUUUCAGAUCAGCUGAUGAGACAGACUUUCUCCCCAUUCGGGCAGAUAAUGGAGAUCAGGGUUUUCCCAGAGAAAGGCUACUCAUUUGUGAGGUUUGACACUCACGAGGGUGCUGCCCAUGCCAUCGUGUCUGUAAAUGGCACUUGCAUCGAGGGUCACAUUGUGAAAUGCUACUGGGGGAAAGAAACGGCUGACAUGAGAUCAAUGCAACAGAUGCAGAUGGCCCAGCAGAGUAAACCUACAUAUGCACCCCAGGCUUACGGACAGUGGGGCCAGUCAUACGGCAACGGUCAGCAGAUGGGUCAAUAUGUGCCCAACGGGUGGCAGAUGCCCACUUAUGGUGUCUACGGGCAGGCCUGGAAUCAGCAGGGAUAUAAAUAAGUACACAUGUGGCUGAUUAAUCCUUCAGUCCAAUCAUUAAACCCCGUUUCAGUGUGGCAUCUGCCCAGUGGGACUCACUAUUAUAAACCAGUUUCAGGGGUUGUUGAAAGGGCUGCAUUCAGCCCACUGUACAUUAUACUCAGACCAUUAAUCUGAAAGAAAUCCUCUCGUCUUUUUUUUUGUUUGUUUAUUUUUAGGCCCCAGGACAUUUCUUGCUGUUUUCUUUUAUAAAGUACUGCAUUUAGGGGACUUUAAUUGUCUAGUUCUGAAACCGAUUAAAUGUAUUUUUCGAUGUGUAUUGCAGUCUCAGUUUAGCCGAUACCUCAAAGUGUGUAGAAAGUAACAUGCUGCACUCUUUGUAUGGCGUUUUCUUCUGAAGCUGUUUUCUAUUAUUUUUCUUCUGUCAGUACGGCUAUGCUUUACGUUUAUUUUUACAAGAAAGGUUUCAGGAAUUGAGACUUCGUGUUAAUCGAAUAUAAAAGAUAUUUUAUCUCAUAACACCUAGUGAUAAAAGGUAUUCUUCAUAUAUAGAUAAGAUUCUCCUGUGGCCUUGAAAUAUACCUGAGGUUUCAGGAACGUCUUUGUUCUUUUUGGACACAAUUAAUAAAGCUUUUAGCUAAUUGUAUUAACGCAAAGGUGCAGGAGAAACAUACUUCCUUUUUGUUCAAUUUAAAUGUUAGCAUAUUCAUUUUGUAACAUGGAAUACUUGUUUAUCUAAAUUUUUAAGACUUCAUUUCAUGUUUUUACAAAAUCAUGUUUGCUCGGAUCCGUUUAGGGUGUGCCUGCACAGACGGCCAUGGGAGUGCUGUAGCAUCUCUGUAAAGAUUUUUGUAAUUCUGUGUAAAAUGAGGUUGUGAAUUAUUUCUUUAAAUCUUGUAAAUUCAGGGUUUGUUGAACAUCUGUUGUGUAAUGAUGCAUGGACAUUCUGAGCUCUGUUCUUGUUACAAUCUCUUGUAAACAUAAAAUGUAAGAUUGUCAUUAGUUACUGAGAUGCGAUUUUAAUGUACCCCCAUACUGCUUUCUAUACACAAGAGUCACCGUUGAUUUGACAAGCCAAAGACAAAAAUGAAGCGAGAUCUUGCAUGCUUGCACCUUUCUGUAUUGAGAUGGUAAUUGUAAUGUCAAUGUUUAGAUUCAUACUAGAAGUAAUAUAAAAAGGUGAAGUAAUGUAAGAUACUCCUGGAUUACAGCCACAUGCUCUCGAUUUGCUCACAUGCCCAAACUACUUCCCUGGAUGUUUUUGUUUUCCACUUCCUUUUAUUGUACACUUAAAUCGAAAGUCAUAAGCAACCAUCUUUUUCAUAUCGUGUAAAUUUAUCAAAAUAAUUAUUUAAUGUCUUUGCUUCUGUUCUUUAGCUGGGAUUUUCUUUUUUUUUUAAUUUGUAAAAAGUUGGAGAGAUGUUUUUUGACACCCCUGAUUAUAUGCUUCCAUCUAAUGUUGUUUCACUUACUCUAUUCCAUGUGUAAAAACACUUAACCUAUAAAAAUGAUUUGUUGU